AUGAGUAGUAACUUAUUUAAACAUCAACUUAUGAUGCCAUACUUGAAACCAAACCAAGCUUCCAACACUUCAGCAGCCAAUCCAACAACUAAGAUGCUGCUGCCCCAAUUUGGCAACCAGGACCAUUUUGACUUUUGUCCAAGAGCCCAAAACUACCGUUACCUGUCUUUCAUUCCCGGAUUCACUACACCUGCACAAGGAUUACCAAUUGUUUCUGCUAGUACUUCUUCUAAUCAAAUAGCCGCCAAAGAGCAAAACUUUCCAAAACCACAAAGUCUUUUACAACAAGUUCCAGAAGAGGACGAAGGAAGGGAUGAUUUUAAACAGCACAAGCAGAUGCUGAAACAGAAGCAACAGCAACAGCAACAGCAACAGCAACAGCAACAGCAACAGCAACAGCAACAGCAACAGCAAAUUCAACCCAAUCAACCAGAACAUCACACCUGUUUCAACUCACCUAAAUUUGACGUCUUUCAUGGUAAUAAAGAACAAAUUCCUCGAAAUUUGCCAUGUGACGCUGAAUUGGAGUUUGCUAGAACUAAACACUUUUGUAAUAAUAAUUAUAAUUCUUCAAUUUUGCAACCGCUACAAAUGUCACUGGUUGAAAACAUUGAUGUUUAUGACUAUUUAAAUCCUAAGAAAUCUGCAAAUAUGGGAUACAGAGAAAAGAUUCGCAGUUGGUUGUCCUCGGUCCCACUCGCUAUUGCUUGUGACGAGAGCUUAUCCAGUUUUGACCUCAAUUGUUACCCUGGUGUGGUUUCAAAUUCAGAAACAACAAGUAAUUCAGAUGCAGAGAUAGACUUGGCUGAUAUAGAUGACAUAUUGGAACUUCAAGCCCAAAGAGUGACUCGAUAUGUGAACAGAUUGUAUUUCAACGAGGAGGAAUUACCCUUACCUAUAGAAGAGAAUGGCGAAGAUUUUGAGGAAGAGGAUGACGAGGUUGAAGAAGGGGAAGAAGAAGUAGAAGAAGAUGAGGGUGCUGCUAAUGGUGGAGAGCACAUGGUCGGAAUUGAAGAUUACAACUCACACCCAGUUCUCCCUAAACGAGAUAAUGAUUAUUACUGUAAUGGAAGAAAUAUGACUAAUGGGACCGAGAGAGGGCAACAACAACAACAACAACUACUUCCAUGUGCUAUCCAUGAUAAAGGUGAUCUCAUUGAUGCAAACAUCCUCGCGAUUAUAGAUCCCCAUCAUACACAAUAA